AUGAAGUCACGAGACCGAAUACCACGACAACCGCUGGUCGGCAACGACACCGUAAAUAAUACGAGAUCACGACAACAGGGGGGCGCAGUCCGCGGAAGAGUGACUAUUCAACUGCCUAAAGACGUCGUCACUCGACGCAAACAAGUGGUGGCAAGUGAAUCGAAAACGGGCACGUUGGUUAGAACAGGUAUGAGAAAACCAAAUUCGAACGCAGUUAAUCCAACGUCUAAUAAUAUGAACGGUAAAGCCCGGGGUACAGCGGCAAACAACGUUCAGAAAAAAAUCGUCGAUCCGGUGACCGUCGCGGGAACCGCGGACAAAAUUCGGAAAUCGGGACCGACCGGAACGCUACCAAAAAUAGGGGGAACGAGUGGACCUCGGAGAAAACCCUCUUUAGCAAACGUCGAGAGAAGUGAUGACAAGCACGAAAAGUCGAUAAGCGGUAAAAAGACCAUUCUCGGCGACAACGGUGUAGCAGAAAAGUCUAAAAGUCCCAGAACAAGGAACGAGAACGCUACUGUGGAAAAAUCAAAAACCUCGAGAACGAUAAACAGUGGUGCUGUUGUGGAAAAGUCAAAAACUUUAAGGACGAAAAACGGUAGCACUAUUGUAGAAAAAUCGAAAACCCCGAGAACGAGAAACGAUGGUGCUAUUUUGGAAAAAUCGAAGACCUCGGUGACAAUAAAAGGUGGCACUGCAGGAACUAUGGAAAAACCAAAAACCACUAGAACCAAAAACGGUGUCGCAGAAGUAGAAAAAUCAAAAAACACACGGACUGGAAACGACUUUGACAAACCUGAGCGGGACAGGAAAAGAGACGUAACGGCCCCGUCGUCGGAAAUCUUGAUCUCGCAGGCGGUCGACAACAAUAACGAUGCCUCGCUAACGGCCGCCCGCGACAGGAUAAACGAACCGAUGGAAACGAAGAGUACGGCUGCAGAGACCAUCGGCGGCCCCCGCGCAUCUGCAGUUGUACGAGACGACGAUAGAGUCAAAAACGCGUUAAAUCAGGAUACCAGAAAAGAUCAUGGUGUUGACGAACGGGACCCAGUAAAAACCAAAGGAGAUCUGGUAGAAACCAGUCGAGAUCGGGUCGAAAACAGAGCGGAUAAGUUAUCGUACAAUGCCAAAACUGGUGCAGACAACGCCGAAACCGGAGCAGAAAAUUCCGAAAUCGGACAAGAAAAUGUCAACACCGGACGUAACCGUGUCGAUGAGCCGAACCAGGAGGAAACGAGACAUAAAACGACUAAGUCGAUGGCAGCGGACCAGGCUGGCAGUCGUAAUACGGAAGAUGUUUGUAACGACGACGGUGAUUUGUACAAGUUACGUAUGUCUUGUGUUGUUGGCCCAUCGGACCAAUGUCAAAAUCAACACACUGGUUUAUAUCAAGCUACAAAAAUAUGUAGUAAAUAUGAAGUAAAGAAUCUUACAGAAAAGGAAUAUUGUAAAAUUAAAAAUACAUUUGAUAAACAAAUUAAUAAGUAAUGCAUCAUACGAAAUCAAACGUACCUGUUAGUCGUUAGUGUACCUACUAUUUGACAAGAUUUUAAUGAUUUAAAUUGUAAUAAAUAUAAAUUACUUUUUUAACAUACAUUGUAUUUUCAAACAAUAAAUGAUGUGUCAUUUAAA